AUGAUGGGGGUCCCAGGACACUCCGGUUCCACAGGAACAUGUGGGCCCGCAGGACCCAAAGGAACCAAGGGACUGCAAGGAGUUGCAGGUCCAAAAGGAGAAAAUGGGGAUGUGAUCACUCCAAUGAUGAUCCCACCUCCUCCCGGACCCGUAGGCGCACCCGGUCAACCAGGCCUUCCUGGCUUCACUGGCGGCCCGGGAUCCAACGGUUUUGAGGGACAGAAAGGGAGAAGUGGCCAGUUGGGGUCACCAGGAUUCCCGGGGCCCGAUGGCCCCCCAGGAGUAGACGGGGCCCCAGGAGACAGCGGGGUACAGGGGGAGAGGGGGGCAUUGGGACUACAGGGCGCCCCAGGUCCUUCGGGAGAUGCCGGCAGCCCAGGCCCCACCACCACCUUUAACUCUGGCUUCCUGUUGGUGAUGCACAGCCAAUCAGACAUGGUCCCUUCCUGUCCAGCAGACAUGACACAACUGUGGAUUGGCUACAGUCUGCUGUACCUGGAGGGCCAAGAGAAAGCCCACACACAGGACCUCGGUCAGGCCGGGUCAUGUAUGCGUCUCUUCAGCACCAUGCCUUUCUCCUAUUGCAACAUGGGCACGUGUGACUACGCCAGCCGCAAUGACAAGUCCUACUGGCUGUCCACCACAGCGGCAGUGCCCAUGAUGCCCGUGGCGGACCAGGACAUCCAACAACACAUCAGCCGCUGCGUGGUGUGUGAGGCCCCCUCCCCUGCUGUGGCAGUUCACAGCCAGGACAACGGCAAUUCCUUCUGUCCCCCCAACUGGAGGAGUCUCUGGGUGGGAUACUCCUUCCUCAUGCACACAGGGGCCGGCGAUGAGGGUGGUGGCCAGUCUCUGACAUCAUCAGGAAGCUGCCUGAGGGACUUCCGUGCCCAGCCGUUUGUGGAAUGCCAGGGCCCGCGGGGUACGUGCCACUACUUCGCCAACAUCUACAGCUUCUGGUUGACCCGGGUGGGCGCAGAUGGACCGCUUAGCCCAACUUCACAGGGCACGCUCAAAGAGGAGUGGCAACAGCGCCUCAACGUAGGCCGGUGCAACGUGUGUAUGAAGGAGUGA